AUGUCUGAUCGGGAAAACGAGCUCGUCAAGACGAUCACCGCUUUUGAUUGGACAGUAAAAUUUGUGGCGCCAGUGGACGCAGAAACGAUACGAAUUCACGAGGAAAGAGUUCAACGACUUCUAUUCGAAACUCCCGAAAUUGGCGGAUCAUUAAAAGAAAAAAUGUACGGCAAACUUCCGCCCGGAUAUAUUGCCAAAUCGUCGGUUUACUGCAUUGCUGGCGGGUUGAUCGGCUUUGGUGCUGUCGAAUUUCUCUUCGGUGGAGAGACUUUUUACGAAAAAGCGGUAAUGCCAAUCAUUCACAAGAUGGCCGAUGGGGAGACGGCACACCGGUGGGCGAUCUCGUCCUGCAAGUACGGCCUUUUACCGCGUUUCGGCCCGAAUCACUGGGAAUACCCGGAGCUGGAGUGUGAGUUUAUCGGCAGAAAGCUGAAAAACCCGAUUGGUUUGGCGGCUGGUUUCGACAAAAAUGGUGACGCGAUUCUCCCACUCGCCAACAGUGGCUUCGGGAUGAUCGAAAUCGGUUCGAUCACUCCAUUGCCACAACCGGGAAACGCGUAUCCGAGGGUGUUUCGACUGGAAGAGGACAAGGCGACGAUCAAUCGCUACGGUUUCAACAGUGACGGUGUGGGACGGGUUCAGCAACGGGUGAAAGCAGCUCGUGGCACUCCUUGGUCUCCAGAGAUGGCAAUUUUCGGGGUGAAUCUCGGCAAGAACAAGCUCACCGAUGAAGAGAACACUAAAUUGGACUAUGAAGUCGGGGUGAACUAUUUUGCGGGAUUCUCCGACUAUUUGGUCGUCAAUGUAUCCUCGCCGAACACUCCAGGACUCCGGUCAAUGCAAGGAAGAAAACAAUUGGAACAGCUUCUCUCCUACGUCAAACGAGCCGUCGAGAUGCACAAAUUAGAGAAACCGCCGCGGAUUUUCCUCAAAAUUGCGCCCGAUCUUGUGGAAGCUGAACUGAAAGACAUUGCAAAGGUUGUGUUGGAUUCAAGCUAUGGUGUCACCGGUUUAAUCAUCUCAAACACAACAAUCACUCGACCACCCGAGCUGAGAAGUGAACACAAAAAUGAAAUCGGUGGCCUUUCCGGUGCUCCAGUGAAAGCGUUGAGCACCGAGUGCAUCAGAAAAAUGUAUCGUUUGACUAAUGGCAAAGUGGCAAUCAUUGGCUGCGGUGGAGUGGGAUCGGGUGAGGACGCUUACGAGAAGAUUCGAGCUGGCGCAAGCGUUGUUCAACUGUACACGGCGAUGGUCUACUUGGGUUUCCCCGUCAUUGGAAAGGUAAAACGCGAAUUGGUCGAAUGUUUACGACGUGACGGUUUCUCGAAUGUCUCUCAAGCGAUCGGAGCCGAUCAUAGAAAG